CUUUCUUAUGUUUCAUUUUGGCUGUCCUUGUGCCAUAAGGCCGUCCACUCAUUAGGAGCCAAUGACAAAUGCGCCGCGCCGUCGAUAAUCUCCGGAAAUUACGGAACUAUGAUUAUCUUCCUUGAAUUUCGACAGUGAAGGGUCUCACGUAUAAAAGCGCCGUGCACCAACAACUUCCUAUGAUUAUCAUUCGGUUCUUUCUACGUCAAACGUCUCUCGGUUGAACCUCAUCGAAAUGACCACACGCAUCGUUCCGCUGUUCGUGCUGUGCGCGAUAAUGUGCCAGACGUGUCUCGCAAAACCAGCGAAAGUGCUCCAGAAUCCACAAUCUUUGAGCCUUGUGCAACACGAAGAAGCGAUAUCCACGGUUUCUGAUAACAAGAGGGAACAACGAUCGCCGCAGUUCGGAUUUUUGAACGAAGAUUACUCAGACUCUGACUCGGAUUUCGAAAACGGAGGACGUAGCUCCAGACAUCACUACAAACAUCAUCACAAACCAGGAGGCUGUAGAGAUUAUCCUUGUGGACAAUAUUCAGGAUACGCGCCAUCUAUUUAUCCAUCAUAUCCAACACAGGGUGGUGCAUCAGGGUCUUUUGCCACAGCUUCCGCAGGAUCUAUCAACGCAAAUGGAAAACCCACCGGGGGACAAAGUCACGCGAACGCACAAAGCGCCAGCUUCAACUUCGGACCGUAUUCCGCAUCUUUCAGCAUCGCUGAAUCUUCGGCUGGCCAAAAUUUUUAAAAGAAAUCCAAGGUAAUUGUUUGUCUUCGGCAUGGAGCUUCUCUUAACACUUACAACAAUUCACACGUUCUCGCAGAAUUUUUUAAAAUUUUACUCUCUAUCGUUUUCGUCUUCUUCGUGUGCAACUCGUGCAAGAAAUU